CUUUGCGAAGCGAGCUCCCGGACAUUUUUGACUAUGGCUGCUGGCUGGGGGCUUCUGCCUUUCCGAAUAACUCGUUUAAAAAAUGAAUUUAACUGCGUGUCCGAUGGUGCGUGGCAUCGAACCUCGGUCUUCGAACACAGCAGCCCGACGCUCUAACCGUUGGGCCACAAUCGUUCUUUUUCUUCUUUUUUUUUUUGUUCGCGAUGAUGAUGAUCAUUUUGAUAGUAUGGCACAUACUGACUACGGGGAAUUGGCCAAGAAGUGGGCGAUACCUUUAAAAUAAAUAAGAAAAACAAUAUGAACAAAUGCAAGGUCAUGUAACAGAAUGGUCACAUUGUGUAUAGCACGGAUGCGCGAGAGCACAUGCGUGCGUGACCGCUGCCUUUAAAGGCCAAAGAUGCAGGGAUUAAAUUGGGCAAGUUUACAGCAUUUCACUGACGGUUUCGCGAAACGCUCGCUUCACCUAGAUUCCAACAUGUGCGGUAGAUCUGCGUAAUUUUUCCUCUUCUUUAUUUCUAUGUGUGCCAAUAUUCCGACUCCGGUUGUUUUGGCGCACAAAAUUAAGGUUGAUCAGUAAUUAUGAUUAGCUUUAUUAUUAUUAAUAUUGUCCUUCAAACUUACAAACUCUGCGGGAAAGAAAGAACGAUCAAGGAACGCCACAGGCCCCCGGCUGAAAAAAAAAAGAUAAUAAACAAACAAAAAAAUAAAUAAAAAACGUCUUGUAAACUUGCGUGUGCGUGCGCAUGCACGAGCAUCUUGCGCAGUGCUAUCUCCUCUGUUGAACCCUGAGACAAAUGUUAAGGGCAGCCCAACGCGUUGAGGGAGGGGAUAACGCGAACAGAAGCAGUAAACAUUUUUGUCAUUGCUAUCCCGCUCUUUAUGACUUGGCGCUAUCGGGGAACAUUACACACGAGAGAGACACCGAGGCCCUUUGGCAUUGCGCUGCUACGUCAUUAGCCGUCCUUCCCACCCAUCCGAGGUUGCAUCGGAAAACGUAGGCGAAAUUAGCGCCUACCAUUCGCGAGCGCGUUUCUGAUUCUUUGGUGUCCCCCACAUAGAUGACGUUCGCAAGCACUGCGCACUUUGUGCGAUUGAAAACAGCUCUGCGCUGCAGCAGCGUCGCUGUCGUCGUCGAAGAGUAUUUAUAUCCCCAUUCCGCGUUCCGCAUACACGACCCUUACACGUGGCGGUGUCGGCUUCGAGUGUCCCGAAAUUGCGACGUGCUUCCACGCUAAGCCUCGUUCGAGAUAGCCCUGCUGCUGAGUUGUCUCACGUGCCGGCUGUGGCGCCGCCGCGCCGCAACGAAUUCGGGGACUGCCAUGCCGGACCCUGCGAGGCCAUCUUCCGAAGUCCAGAGCAGGAUUACCAACGUUGCUUCGCUCGAGUUCAGCCAGCUCCUACAUAAGACAGACGCCAGCGUGUUCGAGUCUGCCGAACGCGUUCUGCAGAUCUUCCAACUCGCCGACCAGCGUUUCCGUGGAAACGACUCCUUACCUCCCCUUACGGCCCCAUGCAACGGUGAUGGCGAGCGUACUCGGUGUUGGGCACUCAACUACCAGCGACGGUGGAACCAGCUAUUGAACGAUGGCGGCGUCGAAUUGUUAGAGCUUGCCGAGAACGCACUCUCCUGCAACACCAUAGCAAACGUUCCCGAAGAACUUCGAACAUCUGAAGACAUACAGAUACUCACCUUGUGCUUGUGGUUACUCCGCCAGCACCAAUGUGUACGUGCCGUGACCAUGACCGCGUGCGUCGUAAGGCCGCAACACUCUGCAAUUUUCUGGAAGCUUCUUCAGCUGAGCAAGCGUGCUACAUCGGUCGAGCUCCGAAAUGCCGAGCAUAAUGUAGAGAGCCUAUCUAUUCGCAGCGUGUUCCGGGACGGCGCGGAGCAACUAAGCGAGCUCGUACUAGCUGAUUUCUCCUUGUCCGAGUCAGAUGCGAGUGACCUGGUAGCCCUCUUGGAACGCAACAGGAGUCUCGGCAAACUAGUCCUGAUAAAUCUGAACGUUGACGCACAGUCACUGCACUCGAUUGUCGCCAGUAUCAAAGAUCACGAUCAACUCAACGAGGUGGAACUGACAGAACGUCGAAAGUCGACCGCAAGUAACACAGUUUCUCAGUUGCUUGAGGCACGCAUCACGAAACUGCACUUGAAUGUAGACUGCAACUGGGAAGCAGCUUUGCAUGCCCUCGCCACGAAAGUAACGCCCGCUGAACUCAAGAUAACCUCGCGCUCCACGUUCCAUUCCGCUCUGAGUCCCCUGGCGCGCGCAGUGGCCACUAGCGAAACGCUUAAAUGCCUCGAGCUUAUCCUGGACGCAUCAUGCGCAGUAGCCAACGAAAAUUACCCCGACUGGGAAGACCUUGCAGACAUUAUCGUUCAAUGCCGUGCGCUUCGCACGCUUAGAAUAAAUGUGCCUUCUUUGGUAGAUGUGUCACCGGCGGCCAUGUCAGACGCAAUUGCCAGGAAUUGGUCGCUGCAAGAACUUCACUUCAGUGGUUGUGCGAUUCCUUGCCACAGCGCGCUGGUGUUAUUAGAUGGGCUGUCCCGCAACUCGACACUACAGCUACUGGGCAUCAUGAAUAUAGAGGGCGUUGAUGCGGAGUAUGAGCACUUGCUACGGUUCUUGAUCAAGAACUCUUUGUGCCACAGGGUUUCGGUUCGUUACGAGGAUUGUCAAGCUGAGUUGUUGGUGAAAGCCAUAACAAUCGACGGAAUGCAAUUCCGCAAUUUUAAAUUCUCUAGCAGGUAUGCUCCGGAAGCGAAAGCUGUGUUUGAGGCUCUUCCUUUCCUCAAGGAUACUCUGACUACCCUGUCCAUCGAUAGUAAUGAAGAAAUAUGUGACACGGGCGCCGAGUCCCUAGCCAAACUUUUCAGUGACAGCCUGAUUCUAGAGAAUGUCGAGCUCAAAUUUCCCUCAACUCCCGACACUUCACUGGUUUUGCUUCAAGGUCUUGCACAAUCUCGCUCCAUCACGUCCCUCACCUUGGUCGGCUGGGCGAUCGGUGGGGAUGACGAUGCAGUUCCACUUGCUUUUGAAGACUUGCUCCGCGUCAAUUCGAGCAUCGUGGAAUUGAUUCUUGUGCAAGGCGAUUCGGGAGACCUUGACAUUCUCCGGAAGCACCUUGCGAUAGGUUUGGUCGAAAAUCAUAGCAUCGCAGAGCUGCAAAUCUUGUACGGUCGCGACGUUCUCGUGUUCCAGGACACAGCUAUUAUGCAAUCGCUCCGCGUGAACCGCACGAUGGCGUUGCUUGCAGCGAAGUUGCUUUUAGGUGCGAGGCUUAGCAGAGGGGCUGUGCAUUCUCUAGAGCGAGUACUAUCGUGUGAUUCCAUGAUGUCAAUUUUACGAUCUCGUAUGAAAUCAAGCAGUGACGUCGUCAAUGAGAAACUCGCAGAAGUGCUGUCUAGAAUCCAAAGCGAACUUUUCAAGGUGGUGUGUUUGAAUAAGCAACGCACAUGUCCCUCCCCGCGUCGUGAUCAUAAAAGCCAGCACUACGAACUCAGAAAUGUUCUUCUCAGUGAGAUUGGCAAAUACUUAAACCUUUCUGACGUUCCUUUAAGACUGUGAUAGUCCAAAUUCGGCUGCGCGUUGUGUACAUGAGUUCUAAAUUUUACUUAGCGUUACCUAAUUAGUUUUAUACAUCGUUCCCAAAACGUAUCUUUUAUUUCCUGUAGUCAACAAUUUUCUUGCGCAUAAUCAGUGUCAAAUGCUUCAUUGAUUCUGUCUGAUUAUCCUGCCGUAUCUUACCGUAUGGAGAUAAAAGGGCAGGCUGCAGUUCUGCUAUUCUAUUAGUUAUUAAUUUUAAAACACCAAGGAAUACUGUCAUUACUCAGAAUUAACCCUCUAAAACGCGAUGGGAACUGCAUCUGCGCGCCACACCGAAACCUCGGAUUGGAACUUUCUAUUGAGUUUUAGGCUAUAUAUAAUUUGUUUUACCUCGUCACUCUUUCUCGUUACGGUUAUAGUAUACUUAAAACCACAUUCACAAAACCUUGAAAUCUGAUCGCUAUAGCUGAUUAUCGUUGCAACUGGAAUGAUCCCAAAACUUGCUCAAGAGGGUUUGUAGAAUCCUGGAUCGGCCAGAGUAUUGCAAGAGUAAUCCUUGAAGAAAAUUUAGUCGAACAGCUAUGUUCUCAGCCAAAACACUCCACCAUGGGGGGGGGGGGGGGUAACUGCAUGCCAGUAAUCAGCGUAGAAACAAAACCUUGAUUUAGAGCGUAAAUAAUAAAAGAAAUAUAUUAGGCUAUGUUCAAUCCUACAAACAUUCAAAAUGCGCGUUUCUGUGGCAGACAGACAGACCUUGGCAUCGCGCCCAGGCACCCGUCAGGUAAGCUGACGGUGCCGAUCAUUUAGAGUGUGAAAUCGCACUGCAAAUCACGAAGCGCCCAUGGGUUGCGAAAACUUUUCGGCGCAUGCGCAAGUUUCUUGGUCUUCUUUCUUCGCUGUGCGAUGUGUAUAUACGUAUAUAUGCUAUGUUAAUAAAUGCGUUGGAAACAACC